AUGAAGUUGCAAGAAAGUAUUAAUUUUAAUACUUAUUUGGCUUACAAACCACCAAAAAAUAUUGAACCAGAUAGAAAAUUAAUAUCGGAAUGUUUCGACUGGGAUGCUAAACACCCAAAGACACUUGCAGUAAUCUGUAUUGAAAAAUUAAGUGAAAACUGGAUGGGAUAUCCGAAGUUAGAGCAUUUUACUGCGAAAGAUAAGGACUUAUUCUUACAAAUAUUGGAUACGAAGGUACCUCUGCAAAUCCUUGUGGAUAAUAUUAAAAACGAUUUAUUUUGGAAAAGAUGUUAUAAAUCUCGAUGGACUGAUUCACCUCUAAUAACAAAUGAAAAAAGAUGGAUAAAUGUUUUUAUGGAAAAACAUUAUGCAGAUAUUUUAGAAAAUAUGAACCCUCGUCAAUACGACCCUGAAAAGGUUACUCUUCUAGUAAAGCUAUGUGGACCGUAUAUCCAGUCGUUGAGCAUUCGAAGUUUGGUUCCGACGGAUAUUCCAAUACAAAGAACGGUUUCACCUGAAAUGGCCGAUCUAAUUACUAGCCAACAGCAGUCUGACACCAAGCCCCCAAAAAAGAACGAAAUUCUUACCAGAGAUCACAUAUCUCUACACGCUGCUUUAGGCAGUUUAUCAGAUUUGGUCGAGUUGCAUAUUACAUAUCAACUUCGAUAUAUAGACACAGAAUAUCGCAAAGAUCAAUUCCAAUUUACAAACAAUGAUGCAAAGAAUUUAGCUCGAGGCUUAGAGAAGUGUUCCCAACUUAAAAUAGUGAGGAUUACUAGAAGUGAUAUGAAUUGUCAAAGGGUUAAAUAUGUCUUACGAGGACUUUCUGAUAGUCAAAGUUUGGAAACUUUGGACUUUAGUCAUUGCAAAAUAGCAGACGAGGGGGCUACUUCAAUAGCUAAGUUUAUAUUACGCCAUGAAAAUUUACGCAGCAUAAUUUUAGCAGACAAUAUAUUUGGUCCUCCAGGGAUAGAAAGUAUAGCACAUGCGCUGAACCAUGUUAACUGUAACAUUCGCAAUUUGGAUUUGAGAUUAAACAACAGGCUUGGAUCAGAGGGCAUAGCUCACAUCGCAGUAACAAUAGCCAGAGGGUGUAAUUUGACAUCCUUGAAUAUAUCGGGAUGUGGUAUUACCGCGAUGCCCCUAACCAAAGCACCAGCAGGCGUAUGGUCAACAACAAGUGCUGAUAGUCCUCCGACUUGCGGUGAGCUUUUAGCUAGAGCUAUUGGCUUAGCUAAAACACCUUUACGCGCUUUGGAUAUAAGUGUGAACGAUAUUGGCUCUCCAAGUGAUAACAGUUUGUCGAAUGCUAUUUGCUUAAGUUACUUGAUAGAUGUCAACCUCAAAAGAUCUGGAAUGUCGUCAAUGGCAAUGGCUAUAGGUGAAUCGGCUGCUGCAGCACAAAGGUUAAGAAGAGAAGCGGAAAAAGGAAUACGAUUUAGAAGAAGUGCUGGGAGAGUUUUGCAAGCUCGAAGAGUAGCUAAGGGAAUGAAUAUAGAUGCGGAUCCAAUAUUGUUAGCACAGCAACUCUCAGCUCGUCCUUCUAUAGUAUCAGUUACGUCAGAGGAUGGUAUUUACUGCAUGCAAACGCAACCACUACCAGCAGAUUUUAGCUUUGUUCCAAUGAUAAAGAGUCCUUUACCAUCGUCCCGAACUUCGUCAAUUACUGGCCCUCCGACGUCAAGACGUUCCAGCCAUCAUAUGAUUAUAGAACCAGUAAAAGAAAUACGACGUAGUGCAUUAGUUCGUCGUGGUUCAGAUGGAUCAUUGCUGCAAUCACGCGGUGAUUGUGGCCCACGACACAUAAAAAUAUUUGUUUCUAAUGAGCUUGUUAGCUCUCAACAUUACUAG